AAAUGAAGUUUAAAAAUUGUUUUCUUCUAAUUGUGAGUCAAUUGUUUAGCUUUCGAGACAAAUUUUCAUUAGCUUUUGACAAACAUCAUUGAAUUAAUUGUGGGACAAUUUGAUUGUUUCAGGUACUUCGGGCCUUUCUUAGUCAUUAGUGACCUUUAAUAGUGAAAACCUAACCUAAUCUAAUGUAAACAAACACAAUUAAUUGAACAAUUAAGUUAAUUUGCAUGUGUAGCUGUGCUCGUAAGCCGAGAAAGAAUCAGCUGAAAGUGUAAAAGUUAAGUCAAUCUUGAGUCUUUCCAUUUGUUUGUUUGUUUAUUUGUUGAUUGAAAACCGAUUUAAUUGCAAGUGAUUUUACUUUAAAUGAUUUGAUCCAUUUACUGAAUUUUCCUGUAAUUUAAUCUGUUUAUUGUUCAGUAUUAAAGAUGGAACCAUAUUUACCUGGAACUGCCAGUUUGCUCGAAGUUCUUGAUAAAAAAUUGAUGGUUCUACUUCGUGAUGGUCGUUCUAUUAUCGGGAUUUUACGAAGCAUUGAUCAAUUCGCUAAUUUGGUUCUCCAUCGAUCAAUUGAACGAAUUCAUGUGAAAAAUAAAUACGCUGAUAUUGACAUCGGUGUGAUUUUAAUUCGAGGAGAAAAUGUUGUCCUGUGUGGAGAAAUUGAUGCUGAGUAUGAAAAUAGAAGCAAUAAUUUACAACAAGUUUCAACUGAGGAAAUAUUUGACCUGCAGAAAAACGAGGCGCAGAAAAACAAAGAGAAAUUAAAAUUUAAUGAAGGAUUUUCUUUAGGAAAUUGUUUAGAUUUUCUUGAUGACUAUUGAUGUAAAAACUCUGAUUUGAGAUGACAUGCAUUUAAAAUGUUUUCUUUUGUCACAUUUACAUAAAUGUUGUAUAUUUGAUUUGAUUAGUUGAAAAGAUUUACAAUGAAAAUCCUAAUAAUCUCCUAAAACUUGAAA